CACUCAUUUAGCCUGAUGAUCCUUCUGUGUUAUCCGGAUCAGCAGAAGAAGAUCCCCAGCUCGCAGCCUGAGCUCGCCUCUGGUGCUCCACACGCUGCAUCAGCUGAUCCGUCACGUGGUCUGGUGUCGUGGGUCAGCCCUGUUAGCAAAAUGGAGUUGUCUGAGACCGUGCAGAGGGGACUACAAUCCCUCGCCGACCCUUCCUCCCUCGACCAGAGCAGCUUCCAGGUUCUGGUGGAGGUGUCUUUCCGGAGCCUGCUUUCCUCUCACGCGGACCCGGGAGUGCUCGAUCAGCCCGAGCUGAAGCAGAUCGACCAGAUCCUGCUCAAACAGGCUCACACUGCAGCGACCACCUUCAUACUGGAGGCGGUCAAACAGAGCGCAGACAGGUCGACGAUCAGCUCGUGCCUUGAAGAGCUCACGUUCAGUGCAGAGAGAAUAGAGAUUUUCUACAGCACGUAUCAGGUAACUGACGCUGACAGUGUUAAAGAUGUUAUAUCUUUCCAUCACAUUUAGCUGACUGACUUUUUUUAACUCGUGAAUGCAUGUUGUGUUUUGCAGAAGCAUAAAAAGGAGCUGGAGCGUGUAUUAACGAGCAUAGGAAGAUGUCCCCCUCACAUCACCGACUUGUCAUGGCGUCUACAGUACCAAAUGAAGAACGCGCAGGUUUAUAAAGUCAACGAGCCUUUCUACUCCAUUUCACUCAACACUGAGAAUGGAGGAUCCUCAGAAGAUGUGGACUUCACCUGCACAAUGGAGCAGCUACAGGAUUUGGUGGGAAAGCUCAAAGACGCUGCAAAGAGUGUGGAGAAAGCCAGUCAGAUGCGUCUGCAGCCUGCUUCAAGAUGGCGGCUCGGCUCCUAUUCAUUUUCUGCUGAUCGCCUCCCAACUUUCAUUGUCUAUUCGCCGCAAGACCCACCGAUUCCUAACCGAGCCACCAGGAUUGUUGUUCCUCCCCUCAUCAUCAUGCAUCGGACGACCAGGAUAAAGAUCACGGAGCUCAACCCUCACCUCAUGUGCGUCCUGUGCGGAGGAUACUUCAUAGACGCGACCACCAUCAUCGAAUGCCUGCACUCAUUUUGCAAAAGGUGUAUUGUGCGAUACCUGGAAACCAGCAAAUACUGUCCCAUCUGUGAUGUACAAGUGCAUAAAACCAAGCCUCUGCUCAAUAUCAGGUCUGACAAAACCCUCCAGGACAUCGUGUACAAGCUGGUCCCCGGCCUCUUCAAAAAUGAAAUGAAGAGAAGAAGAGACUUCUAUGCAGAGCACCCUGUAGACGCUUCUAAUGGAUCUAACGAGGACCGCGGAGAAGUGGCAGAUGAGGACAAAAGAAUAAUCACAGAUGAUGAGAUCAUCAGCCUCUCCAUUGAGUUCUUCGAUCAGAGCAGACUUGGAGGUGCAGUGGAGGAAAAACAGCCUAAAGAUCAGGUGGCGAAUAAGAGGUACCUGCAGUGUCCUGCAGCUAUGACAGUCAUGCACCUGAGGAAGUUUCUGCGCAGCAAAAUGGACAUCCCAAGCACCUACCAGGUUGAAGUGAUGUAUGAAGAUGAGCCUCUGAAGGAUUACUACACAUUAAUGGAUAUAGCGUACAUCUACACUUGGAGAAGAAACGGCCCUUUGCCGCUGAAGUACAGAGUCAGACCAAACUGCAAGAAGAUGAAGGUGAGCCACGCCCAGCAGGAGGGCCAGACCAGCGCGAGCAGAUCCGGUCCCGAGAGCGACUCAGCCAGCGAGAAAGCCGGGAGUCCCGCGGGGGCUCCCUCCACGUCCUCGUCGCUGCCGAGCCCCAGCACGCCUGCGCAGUCCCCUCACCCACAGCUCCCUCACGGCCCCAACAACGUCAACGGGACCCCAGCUGCCGGCCCCCAGACUCCCAGCCGGUCCUUCACUCAGUUCAGCAGCGGCAGCGGCGGAGUCAGCAAAGCGCGGAAGGUCGCUCUGAACGGCUCAGCGACGUCCUCCGGAUGACGCGGGGCUCCGGAGCGAACCAGACCAGCCAAUGCCAGACCCAUGGAACCGGACCAGCCAACGCCAGAGCCCUGGAACCGGACCAGCCAACGCCAGACCCCUGCUCAGCUAAUACUGUUUCCAUGCCAACGUAGUUCCAUUGUGUAGCCGACUCUCUCUCUCUGUCUCUCUCUCUCUCUCUCUCUCUCUCUCUCUCUCUCUCUCUCUCUCUCUCUCUCUC